UUCGCGACUUGUGCUUGUCUCGUGACUGAAGAUCAGAAAGAGAUAGAUAUCUACCCAAUAACACCCUUCGAAAGAAAUUGUAAUUGAGAUGUCUUAGCGUCCUUGGAUCGCUAAACAACUUAAAUUUAGCCUAGAAAUCAACGAGUGCCUCCCAUGCAAGCAUCGCCAUGCAAAUGUGGUUUACUACUUCACAGGAUAUUUCACAUAUUUUGUUCAAAGAUUGGAGUGUGUCAAGUAUUGGAGGUUUGGUUGGAUCAUGCAUAAUCAUAAUCAUAAUUGCUGUUUUCUUUGAGAGUCUCAAGUCAUACAAAGGCCUUUCAAAUGAAAAGCCAAAAAGGGAAACUUCUGAAUCUACGCCUCUAUUAGGAUGGCUUCCUAGGAAUGAAAGCAGGUUCAAUUUGAUGGAUCACCUUAAAAGGACUUUUCUGUAUUUGAUACAAUUUCUUGUUGGAUAUUUCCUUAUGCUGGUGGCCAUGACAUACAAUGUUUGGUUGUUUCUGGCGGUUGUCAUUGGUUGUGGCAUUGGUUAUUUUUUUGCAAACCCUUUCAUGGAGUGUUAUUUUGAAAGGAGGAAGAAAGCUGCGAAUCAAAUUUCAGAAAGCAAUGGAAGGGUCUCCUCUUUUAAGAGAAAUGGUUCCUUGUGAAGAAAAAUUAUUAAUUAAAAGGUUCAGUCUAUAAUAAACUGACUAGUACUGGGAUUGAUAGUUACCUUUUUACAGCAAGUGUCUGCUUGGAUGUCUCUGGUUACUAGUCUAAGAAUGAAGGUAGCUUUUCAGUUUAGAGACAUCAGUAGUAGGUUUGAAAGGUAAUCAGAGAAGUAAUAAAAAAGAGGUAUUGCCAUGGCUUGUCAUCUUUUUUGUUUUAGGGUGACAUUAAGAAUUGUCAGCCUUAAUAGCUGCUAUCAUUGAGUUAUACUAAAAAGCAAGUUGAAAUAUUUAGAGAAUCAAAGAAUUAUGACAAAUUAUUGCAAGUAUAUGUGCAUGAGCACUUGUUUGGUGAAAGAAUCUUUUUUGUUUCUAUGAUCAGUGAAGGGUUGGGAUAACAAGGCCUGGCUAACAUCAAUCAGUUGUAGGAUUCAGACUCAUCUUUGUUGAGCUAAUUGUAUGGGUAACAGAAAAAGAAGGAUUCUUUCAUCAAUAUAAUGUCAGUUUAUCAUUUUAAACUUAUUGAAAAUAAGGAAAGAAAGAUUUUAAAGGUUUUCAAGAGACACCAGUGAGAAGACAAUUUAAGGUCAAGUAACACCACUCCUAGACUACAAGGAGUCUAACUCCUGCAGCAAACUUGGCCAAAAAAGGAAGGAAUGCUCAUUGUCUACCCCACUUCAGGAUGGGAGAAAUAAACUUGAGUUAUAACUAUGUAGCAUUUUUUUAAUGAAUUGAAUUUGUGUAUGUAUGAUUGGUUUGACAUGUUGAGACAGCUAUUUAAGCAAAUCUCAGCUCUAAUUUUUCAACAUAUGCAAAUAUAGCCUGGUUUGGAUAUAAAAAUCUGAUCCGCAAUCAGUGUAAGCAUAGAGUUAUUUUACAUUUCUGCCAGACAAUACCAAGUAAUAAAGUUCAAUGUUAUAUUUUGUAUGCAUCAGUAAACUGAAAAUGUCACUGUUGAAUAAAAUAUAUUUGGCCUACGAAUGUAAACCCCCUAGA